CGGAGUUGGGAAUUUCUUCGAUUUCUGCUUCUGUUCUGCUUUGGUUUCCUCCGCCGCGUUUGGUGUCGCCGGUUGCUUCAUCUUCUUCUUCGCCGGAUCCAUCUGGUUUUAUUCUAUUUCCUCUAGUUGUUCACUCGUUUGACUUGGUAAUAUCAUCAAUUGGUAAUUCUAUCGAUCAAGGGAACUCGCAAUGCUAGUGUGAAAUCUCCAGUAGAGGAUCCAAUGGUUGUGCUUCAGAAAGGAUAUUCGCUGACUAUUAUAUUAGCCGUUUUGACAUUUGGCGCGUCGACUCGCUGGCUGCUUUACACAGAACAAGCUCCAUCUGCUUGGGUGAAUUUUUUCAUGUGUGGCUUGGUUGGCAUUAUCACAGCCUAUGUCUUUGUCUGGAUAUCCAGAUAUUCUACUGACUAUAAGUAUGAGCCUGUUCGGACGUUGGCUCUUGCUAGCUCCACUGGUCAUGGAACCAAUAUAAUUGCUGGGGUCAGCUUGGGUCUGGAGUCCACGGCUCUUCCUGUUUUAGUUACAAGUGUAGCUAUCAUUUCUGCUUUUUGGCUGGGCAAUACCUCGGGACUAAUGGAUGAAAAGGGAAACCCCAUUGCAGGUCUAUUUGGAACAGCUGUAGCUACAAUGGGAAUGCUGAGCACUGCAGCUUAUGUUCUUACAAUGGACAUGUUUGGUCCUAUAGCUGAUAAUGCAGGUGGGAUUGUUGAGAUGAGCCAGCAGCCAGAAAGUGUCCGUGAGAUCACUGAUGUUCUUGAUGCUGUUGGGAAUACCACAAAAGCAACAACAAAAGGGUUUGCUAUUGGAUCUGCUGCCCUUGCAUCAUUCCUUCAUUUUAGUGCCUAUAUGGAUGAGUUUGCUAAUGUGUCUUUCAAAGAGGUUGAUAUUGCGAUCCCAGAAGUCUUCAUCGGUGGGUUAUUAGGUGCCAUGCUUAUAUUCCUGUUUAGCGCUUGGGCUUGUGCAGCAGUUGGUCGAACUGCACAGGAGGUUGUCAAUGAAGUAAGAAGACAGUUCAUUGAGAGGCCUGGCAUAAUGGACUACAAGGAGAAGCCAGAUUAUGGUCGAUGUGUUGCCAUUGUCGCAUCUUCAGCUUUGAGGGAAAUGAUAAAACCAGGAGCUUUGGCUAUAAUAUCACCCAUUGCAGUUGGUUUUGUGUUCCGGAUCUUGGGAUACUACACAGGACAACCUCUGCUAGGAGCUAAAGUAGUAGCUGCAAUGCUAAUGUUUGCAACGGUGUGUGGUAUCUUAAUGGCUCUUUUCUUAAAUACAGCAGGAGGUGCUUGGGACAAUGCAAAGAAAUACAUUGAGACAGGAGCUCUAGGAGGCAAAGGAAGUGAUUCUCAUAAAGCUGCAGUAACUGGUGAUACUGUGGGAGACCCUUUCAAGGACACAGCAGGACCGUCGAUUCACGUUCUCAUCAAAAUGUUGGCGACUAUCACGCUUGUCAUGGCUCCAAUCUUUCUCUGAUAAAAAAGACAUCUAAUCCUUUUUGCACAUAUAUAGAGUGAGUAAAUGAGUGAGGUAGGUUAUGAAUUCAUGCAACAUGGUUUAAUGGUUUUUGUUUUUUUUUUUUCUCUCAUCUGAAUAAUGUAUGGUAGUUGUCUUAAAUCAUUGAUACGAAGCACUUCCCA